GUACAAGAAGUCCCUCUAACCACGGCGUCCGCUGUUGCGAAGAGUCGGCUUUGUAAACCCCAGAAGUUCUACUCCACCGCAGGUGGCCGCUAUGGAGACUUCCUGGGGAAACGACCCGUCGGUCACCAUGUCUGACCAGGAGGCAAAAUCUUCAACGGAAGUUUUAGAGGAUAAGAAGGAAGAAGUUAUUAAAAUCAAAGUGAUUGCCCAAGAUGGCAAUGAGAUACACUUCAAAGUGAAAAUGACGACACAGCUCAAGAAGCUCAAAGAAACCUAUUGUCAGAGACAGGGCGUCCCGUCCAACUCUCUGAAGUUUCUCUUUGAAGGCCAGAGGAUCGCUGAUAGCCACACUCCGAAAGAGCUGGAGAUGGAGGAGGAAGACAUGAUCGAAGUCUAUCAGGAGCAAACGGGGGGCCGUUCAGUAGUUUAGAUAUUCCUCGUACUUCUUCUUUCCCCCACAAAUGUGUUUUACUUUUAUUUUAUUUUUUAAGGAUCUUUGUCAUGUGGAAUUCGGAGUGAAAAUUGAAUAUACUGGCACUCCGUCUCUAGAACAUCUGGCGCUCUGAAUUCCAGCGCUCAAUAGUCAUUACUGGCGGUUCGCAUUGUGCUGAAUUCCAGCGCUCAUUCCUCAUUACUGGCGGUUUCCAUUGUGCUGAUUUUGGUGAUCAGACUUCAGCUUCUUGCCAACUUCGUGUAUGCCCGUCGAUGCCACCCUUCUCAAGACCAACUGGACCUUUCCUAUACCGCCCAAUUGGUCAGGAAUUCCAGCGUGUGGCUGCUUGACACCGGACCCGUGAUAUUCACAGGGAGAUGGAAGUUUUCAGGGAACUGAACUGUGAAAGACAACCUGAGGAUCUGGACCAGGAGCCUGUUAUCAGGUUUGGAGUCAAGAGGUCAGAUCCGGUGAGAAUUCAAUCUCUCGACGCUUUCUCUUCAGUGAAGCUGCCUUUGCCAGUCCUGUCAGACGAGCCCAGCUAUGUUCUAAUUUUCAUCAGCAGUUAAUAAUAAAGGUAUUCGUGCAAAAAUAA